UGAAUCUUUCUGCGUGAUUACUUUCUGACAUUGAAACAACGAUGCCAUGAAGAGUGUGGAUGCGAGCGCGCAUACAUUCCUCCUAAAAGGCGGAGCGCCGAGUGCUGAGCUUUUCAGACUGAUCAGAUAUCAAACUGUAUGCUCCGAUUUUGAAAGAUACUAGUACAAUGAGCCCGCCAUUCUCCUACCACCUUCGCGGUCGGUGGAAGCAUAAUACUCAAGUUCAAGUUCGAGCUUCCUUUGUCGUAGUCGCGAGAAGUUAUCGGACAUCGCACUCCGCGCGUUCUGGCAUGGAGCCGCACACCUGAAGUUCGACCCGCCGUCGGCUCAGAUUUCAUCCUGAUGGAACGUAUAAAUGGUGUUGCCCUAGAGGACCUCUGGUUCAAUACUUUUAUGAAGACACCGGCACCGUGAUAAGGAAAUGGUCUUCCUCGAUCUAGAUCUUCACCAGCGGCCUUUUUCGCAGAUUGGUAGUUUGUUUUUCAAGGAGGAUGUUAGUCCGGAGCUGCAGAGCAGGCAGCUUUACUUGAGGGAAAGGGACAACAAGGAGCCCGCCGAAAAAUAUAAGAUCGGACCUGUCGUUGAAAAGCAGUAUUGGUACAAUGGGUCUGCAGACGGAGAUCGGCCUGCUAUGGUGUCUUUUAUUCAAGCCACUUGCGGUCUAGUGCUUCAGAAGGCCGAGUCUCAUGCGGCCAGCGCAGCGUCUUCUUCCCCGUCUCCUAGCUCUCUUCUAAGCGGUUCGAGGCCCUUCGACCUCCCUGAACUGCGUCGGCUAUUGCAGCAGUGUAUAUCGAUGACGCCUCACAUCAUUCCGCUCGAGCGUGGGCUAACAGCCCCUUAUCUCAUUGAUCCUGAUCUCUCACGGUCAAACGUAAUCGUCAAGCCCUCUGGAGCGGCUAACGUUGUCCAGUACAUCGACUGGCAAGGCGCUUUUUCCCUUCCUUACCUUCUGAGCACUAGGCUGCCUCAGGCUGUUCUUUAUGAGGGAAAACGCAUCGCUUCGCCCCACGAUCCUUUCACGUUCCCGGACUUCGGACUUUCCUGUAGAACUGAAGGAGUAAGAGGACCUCAAGCGGAGACUCGCUAAGCGGCAGCGAAUAAUGUCGAAGGUCUUGCUGCAAAAGCUUCGUCUGCGUGGC